GAGCAUUGAAGAGUUGAUUCCUGUGAAUCAAUCUUUUAAAUAAUCAUAAUCAUGUCUGCUAACAGGAGGAUAACGCUCAUAUUUGGAGGCUUCGUCGCAGCAGUCGCGGUGGCCUUUUAUCCGAUCUUCUUCCAUCCUCUCACUCACACUGAAGACUACAAACAGAUGCAGAAGGUAAAUCGAGCCGGAAUCAAUCAAGCAGAUGUGCAGCCUGCUGGUGUGAAGAUCUGGUCUGAUCCCUUCAAGCCAAAAUCAUGAUUCCAGUGUGCGGGUGAAAAUUGAGUGAAUAAACAGGAGGACUGAUGUGCCAUGCUCUGAGGAUCGAGUUCUUGAGGCAAACACAUUAACUCUUUGCAACCAUGCAUCAAAUGAGACUUUUAGGAUGUAUGAGUCUAAUGUGUGUGUAGAUUUUGUGUGGGAAUGUGAUUGAAACUAGAAAAAACGAAUUACUAAAAUGAGUUCAAAUAAAAUACAAAUGUUAACUUUGUUACUUCGUUAGUCAGCACUUCAAAAUAUUAUGUUCAUGAAUCACUUUUUAAUAUUUAUGCUGGUGUAUUAAUGGAGUAACAUAUUCUGCUAUUUGUAUUCUGAUUCUGAAUAAAAAUAUACAUCUUGAA